AUGUUUCUCCCCUCCAGAUCGAUCGUGUACUUUUGGGUGCCAUCGUUUGUUCUAUCCCGCCUGAUUUCCUCCCAUUGCCGUGGCCAUACUCUUCUGCUCUCACAUUGAUCUUCUCUCUCCUAGUGGCGCCGCUUUCUUCCUCCGCGUCUGCACCACAGCUGACGUCCCACCGCCCGUGCCGGCGCUGCAGCCAUGGGCGCGCGAGCCGACGAGGCGCGCAGCGAGCUGCUGCGAGUGCGGCGCGACAUCCAGAUGGUGGAGGAGCAGCUGGCGCGCGCGACGCACGAGCUGGACGAGGCGGCGAAGGCGGGCGAUCGGGAGCGAGUGGACGACCACCGGCGGAUGCGGAAUUGCCUGUGGAAGGAGAAGGAGCAGCUGCGCAUUCAGGAAACCAUCUUCUUGAAAAUCGCCUUCGCGGAUUUUGCGCCUCCCAACAUGAUGGCAUCUCCAGGCUCGCACGCCUUCUCGUCCCCCGCCCUCCCCUCUCCCCUGCAUCUCCAACACCAAGCGCAAAUGCUGCCGCAUGCCGCGCACCUCGGUCCGCCUCCGUUCAACAACCCCCCUCUCGCCGCGUCGUCGCUGUCCGGCUCCCCGGCGCUGAUGGGCGCGUGCGACCCCGCCAUGACCCCCCUGCACACGGGCGCGCUCAUGCCCGCCACUAGCCCGCCCGACUGCUUCUCCCUGGGCGGCCCUUCCCCGUCCCCCCUCCAAACCCCGCUCUCCGGGCCCGGCGGAGCAAUGGGCAUGGGCGCGCAGGGGGCAGGAGGGCAUCUCGCCGCCGCGGGGAUGUCGGCGGGGCAGUCUCUUCUGGGAAUGCUCCCCACCUCUCCCGCCAUGCGCCCCGCCGCGGGGACACCUGCAUCCGGCGGCGGGCGGAACGGGCGGCGGAGGGGCGUGAUGUCCCCUGGGCUUGCGCCGAUGCAGGGCGGCGCAAUGUUGAUGGGCGGAGACAUGGCGGAGAUGGCGAACCCCGAGGGGUACGAAGUGAGUCGCAACCUGGACGCGCGCGUGGAGGAUGUGUGGCGCGAGUGGAAGGACGGGCUCAACGGCGGGCCGUCCAUCGAGAAGCUCGAAGAGGCGCGGCGGCGCGACCGCAAGUGCGUGUGGUGGCGGCAUAAGAAUGACUACAAGUACUGGCGCAAGCAGAUGCGCAUAGUGCACGCGGUGGAGAGCAAGGCGGGCGAGUUCGCGGGCGACGUGGCGGCGGCCAUCCGCUUCUGGGACGACAUCCUGCGCGUCGAGUUCGCCGGCUCCAUCUCCAAGCUCCGCGAGGCGCUCGGCGGCGACCGCCCACUGCCGUCCGCGCAGUCCUCGGGUGCUGGCGCCGGGGGCAACGGGGUCGACGACUCCCCUGGCGCGGAGGGGCGUGGGGAAGACGGGCGUGAAGGUGCGCUGAUGGCAGUAACGCCUGUGGCUGUGGGUGGUGUGUGUGCAGAGGCCGGCAUGGGGGGUGGCAUGGGGAACGGCAUCGUGGCGGAGGCGGGGCCGCUGACAGGGGCGCUGGUGGACGCCAUGGGCACCCCCGUGGGCAUGCAGGCAGGCAUGGGGCAGCAGGGGCAGGUGAAUGUCGCGACUGGGGUGAAUGGGGUGGGUGCACAUGUGGUGAGCGGGCAUGAUGUGGGUGUUGUUCAGGGUGCCGUGAUGCAGCACGGGGGAGCGGACGGGCCUGGGGGCCAGCAUCGGCAGUCUGCUAUGGUGCAGCAAAUGUGAGUCCUAUGGGUGUCUGACUCCCAGACGUGGAGCACCCAUGCCCCUUAGUUGUGUCACCUUGAUACGUGUGCAAUGGACAAGCUGUGCCCAUCGUGUCAAAUGUAACUUAGGUGGUUACUGUAGACUAUACUGGAUUGUGCCUUAGAGGGUACAACACCCUGGUCUAUAUACCCUUGUACUCACACAUUCUAGUUUACUUAUUCAU